AUGCCGACACAAAUAAACUUCGAAUACAGAAAACAAGAGUUAGAAAAUGCAGUCAAAUUUAUUCGUAUCUCGAUAAAUCCCUUAUCACCUAAACGAAAAGCAUUCUCAAACACUAAAUUCGUGGUAAUAAAUCAAAAACCUAAUAUAAAAUUGAUCCACAAUCAAACACGUGAUAUCCAGUUGAGUGUACCAACUGGAAAAGUUGAAAGUGUGCAAGGUGGAAAACAGCAGCAAGUGGACGUCCUUAAAAGAUUCAUGAAAGAUAGAUUCUCUUCCCCUCAGAAUCUUGAUGAAAUGACUCAAGUGGGAAGCUCUAAACUACAGAUUAAAGUGGAGGAAAAUCAAAAGAUAAGCGGAAUGAAAGCUUCAAGAUCUUCAUCGGACCGAAACAUGAACCCAUGUGAAAUAUCCUUGGUUUCCAAUAUAGAAUCUUCACAAAUCUUAUCUAACUGCACGAAUAAGUCACAGGAAAUUAUCGAACAACUAUGGUUUCAACUGGCUUUAACGAAAAAUGUCAAUCCAAAGCUGGUAGAACUUUGCAUAAAUUCUCUUAAACAGAUCUCAGUAUGCUUUGCAGAUCAGGUAGUCAAUACGGCUGAUGGUCAUGGUAACACAGUUUUGCAUUAUGCCGUCAGUCAAGCGAGUUGGCCCAUUGUGGCUACCAUACUGACCAACUGCCCCAAAGUUGACGUGAAUAUGUUCAAUCAUACUGGAUACACUCCUUUAAUGCUUGCCGCAGUGUUGCCGAGUGAGCCCAUAAAUAAAAAUGACAUGGAUACACUAGACUUGAUGGUUUCGAGAGCCAACCUAAAUCUGAAAUCUCAAAAUGAACGAGAACAAACUGUGUUAAUUUUAGCUGCGAUGCAUGGGCAUUUAAAGGAUAACGAAGGCUGCACAGCGUUAGACAUAGCUUUGGAUAAGCAGAACCAUGAAAUAGCCUUACUAAUAUAUGCAAAGAUGAAGGUUCAAAAACUAAAUUGCAGAUCAGUGGUAUGUUUCACAAACCAUAAUAUAUAG